AUGGAAGUGUUUCUUUAUAAUUCUACUGUUUGUCGAUUGUGUGGAGAAGAAAAUGACAAUGGAAAUCUGUUAUAUUCGAGUGAAGAAAAUAAUCAAAACCUUAGUGAUAUUAUAAAUACGUAUUUACCGAUUAAGGUGUCAGAUGAUGGUCAACUACCACGAACGAUUUGUCCUGGAUGUACAAUACAGCUGGAGGCUACAGUUGAAUUUUUAAACUUAAUUAUUAAUGGACAGAAAGUUAUAAGAGAGCUUUAUCAAAGAGAAAAGGAAUACAAGAGGUCCGUUUCACCUUCAAAUGAAACCGAGGUUAUAACUGAGAAAAUCGUUUAUGAAAUUAAUACCAGUGAUGGGGUGUACCAAAUUGAGCAUCCAAUCGCCCUUCAGGUAGCGGGGCUAGAGAAACCUAAAAGAAAAAGAGGUAGGCCACCAAAAAAACCAAAGUGCCCUGAGGAAUUGGCACAACAAGCAACUGUUCAGGUUUCUCAGGAAGAAAACACUAAAUCAGGAAGAAAAGACUGUCAAUAUCCUCGUGGUAAUGACAGUGAUGAACCAACAGGAAAGAGGCGCAGAAAAACGCCAACUAGGUUUAAGGAAGUGGUACAGGGAAAAGAACUGGAAAGGAUUUUUAAAGAAGAAGGCGUGAUUGAUGGUGAAGAUAGUGACACUGAGAAUAAGCAAGCCGUGGCAGAGCAAGGAUCUAAAAUCUCUCCUUCAAAGGAACCUGAAGUGAUUGGACAUUUGGAAACUUCAGGAGAGCUGGUUGUUGUAUUAAGAGGGAAGGGCAGAGGCCGUCCAAAAGGACGUAUGCGUCAAACGCGCGAACAAUGUAUGAUUUGUGGCAUGGUAUUUUCGAGUGUGGGACGAUAUAUGUCGCACAUCGCUCAACACGGUCCUGUGCUGUAUCAGUGCACCCAGUGUGGUGAAACUUUCUCCACCAGGCUACUAUUUUGUGACCAUCAAACGGAAACUAACCAUACAGGGCAGAACAUACUUCAGUGUAAGGAUGUAACACCUAAUAACCAAGAAAGUUUGAAAUCUGAAGUAAAGUCUGAAGAAUCAUCAACAGAAAAAAGCACUGAAAAAUUUCGGGAAUCAAAUGAUUUAGCUUCUGUAGACAACCUAGUGAGUAAUGUACAAGCAACUUCCUUGCCUGAAGCUCUGCCCGAAGAAUUACCUGAUUUAAGUGCUCAGCUGCCAGAAGUGAAAAAUGAAGGUCCAAAGGAAGAAAAGAAAACUGAGAGUGUAGAUGUUAAAACGGAUGAAAAUAAUGUGGUGGUUGAAGGAAAUAGUGAGACAACCAAUCCAUUAGACAGUGAACUUGAAGUGCAAGACGGUAAUAAAAUAAAAUGCAAUCAAUGUGACAAGACAUUUAACAACAGACAAAGCAAAUCAAUUCAUAUCAAGGCAGUUCAUCAAGGUGAGCGACCAUACAAAUGCACGGAAUGUGGUGCAGCGUUUGGGUAUCCACGUUCGCUGUCUCUGCAUUCAGCCUCACACCGGCGACAUAAGACUUCGUCCUCCAAAGGAUACGCAUGUGACCUAUGUGGAAAGGUGCUGAACCACCCGUCGUCGGUGGUGUACCACAAGCAAGCGGCGCACGCGAUGCAGCGCUACGUGUGCGGCACGUGCGGCAAGCGCUUCCGCCACAAGCAGCUGCUGCAGCGCCACCAGCUGGUGCACUCGCAGCUGCGCCCCUUCACCUGCAAGUCCUGCAACGCUACAUUCAAGACGAAGGCAAAUUUGCUCAACCAUCAGCUACUGCAUACUGGCGUAAAGAAGUUCAGCUGCGAGAUCUGCAAACAUAAGUUUGCACACAAAACAAGUCUUACUUUACAUAUGAGAUGGCAUACAGGGGUGAAACCGUACUCGUGCAAGGAGUGUGGGAAGAGCUUUAGCCAGAAGGGUAACCUGUCGGAGCACGAGCGGAUCCACACAGGCGAGAAGCCGUACCAGUGUGCGUCGUGCCCGCGACGCUUCACCACGUCUUCGCAACACCGCCUGCACGCGCGCCGCCACGCGCCCGACCGGCCCUACGCGUGCGCGCUCUGCCCCAAGAGGUUCAGCACGCGCGGCGCGUUGAUGACGCACGCGCGGCGAGAGGCCGGUGCGAGCGGGCGGCCGCGCGCCGCUACCACCGCGCGAGCGCAACGCGCACGCAAGAUAUCAAAGCAAGUUAGUCUCCUGGUUGCUGACAACCAACAAGGUCUGACAAAUGUCGUUAGCGUUCCCCCAGAGGUCGUGAGUGAGUCGCAGACCGAUACGGAAGAGGGUGUCAUAUACAUCGCCUACGACGUGGAUGAUGCGGCACCCUCGCUGCACAUACUGGGACACGAACAGACUGUGACUCUCGACAAUACGAAAAUGACGUCUUCAUGCGAGAUGUACUCGGGACUCGAGCAGCUGCAACAGCCAACCAAGCAGGAGCAGCACCAGCUGCGCCUGGGCAGCGCCCCGCAGGAACAUUUGCCGGUGACGGACGAACACGGCAAUCCCCUUCACUUCACCAUGCAAGAUGGCACCCGGCUCGCCAUUACGUCUGCGGAUGGAAAAUCUUUGCAGGUUAUCACGCAAGAUGGUCAAACAAUACCUGUAGAAAUCAAUAGUUUUACAGAUGAAGAGGACAUAGACAGUGCCGACACCGUGGUCCACCAGUUGAACUUGCAGAGGAGCGUGGACAGCAACGGUUCUUCGCCAGUUACUCAUUACUACACGCUGGUGUGA